AUGCCAAACACGACUUUAAAAGCAUCGCGCAAGUCAGGCUUGCGCAAGCGCUCACGAUCCAGUGACUCGGAGACUGAGCAACGCGUGCAACUCCAAGAGGCGCGCAGAACAGGCAGGGUGCAACCAGCCCAGGGACAAGGGAGUGAUUUGGGCUCUGAGGAGAUGGACUACGAGGUUCACGACGGAAGCGAUGGCGACGACGAUUUUGAGUUAUCGGCCGCCAAUGAAACCGAAGAUGAAGAGGAAGACGAAGAAGACGACGACGAUGGCGAGGCUGUCAAAAGCAACGCGGGAAAGUCCCGAGCCAAAGGCGGCUCUGCAGCCAAACGAGGCUUCAAGGCAGGUCGACUCGGUCACGGACAGGGCAAUGCCAGCGAUCCCAGCGACGACGACGAGAGCAGCGAUUCUGACGGCGAUUCUGAUCCUAGCAAUGACAGCAGUGAGGAUUCAGACAUUGAUCUCAUCGACAGCGGCAGUGAGAUCGAGGCCAAGGCCAGAGUCAACGAGAGCCGCAAAAAGCUCGACAAGAAGACACACGAGCAAAGAAUAACAGAAGGAUUCAAUGCUCUGGAGGACUACAAGGAGCUCCAAAAGAUUGCCAUGGAUCAACCGGCCAAGUUGAAGCGGUCGUUUCAAAAGACCAAGGCGUGGCUAGAGAGGGCACAAUCAAAGGGCGAGCUGAUGCAGCUCAUCCCUACGAUUGAGACUUUCAAAACAAAAGGUUGGACAGAUCAACUCGAGCAAGAUUUCCUCGAGGCUUAUGGGCAAUCAGACGAGCUCAGACAUGUCAAGACGCUCACCAUUCCGGGAAGCAACACCAGCUUCCUGGCAAUGUGGAGAAAGAUCUCUAGGUAUGGUGCAACGAAACAGAUUCGGCGCCAAAACAGAAAGGGAAAGCAAGUCGGAGUUGCAUUUGCAGAUCCAAUCUGGACGGGAAGAUUCUGUGAUCACCUGGUGGUCCUGGCUCUUGGCGGCCCAUGGAUGGGCAAUAUGAAGCUUCUAUCAUGCAUGAUUGCAUAUGUCAAGGCUUGUCAGAUUGACGACCGCCGCAGUCUUUCAUGGAAACACGGCACGACAUGCCUCUUUAUGAAGAUGAUGCAGACUUGGCUUGCAGAGGGCAAUCGUGGUAGAUCGAUCCCACAGUUGCACAAGGAGGUACGAAAAGAGAUCCUUGCUCAUGGAGAUAGUCUCCCUGCAUAUUCCUCCUUGUUGCGCAAGAUUGAGAAGCACUUUUUUGUGCCUCAUGCAGAGUCAAAUGGUAACAACGACACUCGUGUCUCGUAUUACCAUGUCGAGACUACAGAUCUCGGUGAAUUGAUCAAGGUGAUUCGUUCAGUCAGAGAUGCAGGGCACCCUCAUUGGCCUUCUCUGAAUGAGGCUGCAAAGAUUGCAUCCACUGCUCGGGCAAAGCAGGAUCCUCCAAAGAAUGUAGAGGAGUUUCGCAAGCUCUACAAGGAGAGUCGACUGGCAGAUCUCAGAGCCGAAUGGUUGAGGGAUCAUCCUGUAACCAACCUUUCACCCGAUGUUGCAUCAGAGGCGGAUACGGACGCAGGAGAUCCGGCAACAUCACCCGAUCCCUUUGACGAUGACUAG